AUGGUUUGUUUGUCAUUACAGUUGAAUGUUAUGUCAGAAAACACAUGACAGAAGAAGAAGAAGAAAGGAGGCGUUGUCUUCAUAUUAUUGUUGUUGACAUUGUGUUUGAUUAGACAAUAUAUUAUCUCAUCUCAGAUCGGGAUCCGAUUGAUUGGUCGACUAUACUAAAUGACUGACUGACUGACUGAUCCAUUGGCGCCACUGUUGACCCGAUCCGCGAGAUUGCCGUCGUAUUGUUUGGUCAUAUAUAUAAAACUUUUAGUGUGUGUGAUAUCAGUACCGCCGCCGCCGCCGCCGACACUAUCACUACCGGCCAGUUGUGUCAGUGAGUGUGUGUGUGUGUGUGUCCGACACCGUCGACAACAAUGCCGGCCGCCCUCAUGAGUGUCGGCGACUUUGUUGCCGAAACUCGCGAAGAUAUCAAUUCACCGACAACUUCAUCGUUUGUCUCACGUAUGUCGCAGUGUAGGCAAACAGUGGCCACACUGGAGGAAAGUCUGGAUCUCGAUCGGGAUGGUCUGACCAAAAUGAAAAAGGCAUUGAAAGCCAUCUAUAACGGAGCCAAUUCGCACAUCGAAAAUGAGAUCUAUUUAUCGAAAUCGUUGGAAAGAUUGGGCGCCAACGCCAUGACCAAAGACCAGGAGCCGGAUAUCGGCGCCGCUUUCAUCAAGUUUUCCAUUGUUACCAAAGAGUUGUCGUCGCUGAUGAAGACAAAGAUGCAAAGUCUUCAUAAUAUAGUAAUGUUUCCGUUGGAGAGUGUCUUGAAGGGCGACCUCAAGGGUGUCAAAGGAGAUAUGAAAAAACCGUUUGAUAAGGCGUGGAAAGAGUACGAAACAAAGAUUACGAAGAUUGAAAAGGAAAAGCGAGCCCAGGCUAAGGAGGCGGGACUGAUCCGUACAGAGAUCACUGGUGCCGAAGUGGCCGACGAAAUGGACAGAGAGCGUAAAGUAUUUCAGCUACAAAUGUGCGACUAUUUGAUCAAAAACAAUGAAAUCAAGUCCAAGAUUGGUGUAGAACUGCUCGAACAUCUGGUCGAAUACUACAAUACACAGACCAACUAUUUCAGGGAUGCCCUGAAAACUAUCGAACAUUUUAGCGGUUAUGUCGGCGAACUGUCGGGUAAAUUGCAGAAAAUUCGGGUAAAACGUGACGAAGAACGUAAAAGUUUGCACGAAUUGCGUACAGUUAUCCGUAAUUCGGUAAAUAUUGCCGACAUUAGUGGUGGUGGUGGCGGCGGCGGCGGCGGCGGACAUACCAAAGAUGGCGUCAAUUUUGCUGCAAAUAAUAGCAUGUCUUCGUCGGCCGGCGCUGGCGCUUCCAAAGACGCUUCCAAUUUAACUGGUUAUAGUCUACAUCAGAUGCAAGGAAACAAAACAUUUGGUGACCAGAAAUCGGGUUAUUUGCUGAAGAAAUCUGAAGGUAAAAUGCGUGUCAAAGUUUGGCAAAAACGAAAGUGUGAGGUCAGCGACGGUUAUCUGAAAGUGUUUCAUUCGGACGAAUCAAAAGUACCGACAAAAUUGAAUCUAUUGACUGUUCAGAUUAAAGCGGUUCCGGACGAUCGCAAAUCGUUUGAUUUGAUAUCCUAUAAUAGGACCUAUCAUUUCCAGACAGAGGAUGAAUCGGAACACGAGGCCUGGGUUUCAGUACUGGUUAACAGUAAAGAAGGUGCGCUUAAACGUGAAUUUGAUAAUAAUAAUCAAAGUUUAGGACCAAAUAGUGGUUCGACAAUAGGCGGAGGCGGAGGAGGAGAUCAAAGUAAUUGUCAAUACUAUCGAAAUCAUCAAAGUCUACGGGAACUACAACAGACAAUCAUUGCAGAAGUUCAACGACUGCCGGGCAAUGACCGGUGCGUUGAUUGUAGUUCGACUAAAGACCCGACCUGGUUGUCCACCAAUUUCGGUGUGCUUACGUGUAUUGAAUGUUCGGGUAUUCAUCGCGAUAUGGGUGUCCACGUAUCACGUAUCCAAUCGCUAACAUUGGACAAUAUCGGUACAUCUCAACUAUUGUUGGCCCGUGUAAUGAGUAACUCAAAUUUUAACGACACUAUGGAAGCCCUGCUCGAUGUGUCCACAAAGCCGACUACCACGAGUUCAAUGGAUAAACGAAAUGAGUUCAUACGAAACAAAUAUAUUCACCGAAAGUAUAUAAUCAAAUCGUGUAGAGACGAAUCGGAACUGCGAACCGAACUCGAGGGUGCAGUUGUAUCACGUAAUUUGCAUCAACUGUUGCAAGUGUUUGCCGAAGGCUGCGAUCUGACCAGCGUUUUGCCCAACAGUGCCAACAACACCGCCGGUGAAACCGGUAUUCACUAUCUGAUUGCUCAUCAACACGAAGACAGUAGUGGUAAUAGUAGUAUAUCAUCGUUGAAUGUAUUAGAUUUUAUUAUACAAAACAGUGUUAAUCUGAAUCGUGUGGACAUCGAUGGCAAUACUGGUCUACACUAUUGUGUUUUAUAUCAUAAUAGCGAAGCAAUGAAACUAUUGCUCCGAUCAAAUGCUCAGUUAAAUGUUAGAAACAAUCAAAAUAAGACACCAUUAGAUUUGGCCAAAGAUAGUCACAAUCAUCUACUCAUUGAAUUGUUAGAAAGCGCUUCCAUGAAUAAGAAAAGUUUGUUUGAAAAUGUUUGUCUGGAUAUGAGUUUCAAUCAUUUUGAAGAUCCGUCAACUGAUUUCAGCGAUGAAGAUCUAACCGAUGAUAGACAUACAAUGAAUUACUCACAUCCGGUGCCAAUCAUCGAUCGGCGAUCGUCGUCGCGGCCGUCAAGCGUUGUCGGCAGCGAAUCGCCGUCGAGUAAAUCAAGCGACAGUUUCAAACCGUCGUCGUCGUCGACGACAACGACCACCACUAAGCAGACAUCGUUCUCAAAAUUGUCGGCUCAGUUCAGGAAUAGCCUUAAAAAACGUAUACCACCACCAGUUCCUCCGGUCAGAGACAGCACUAUUAGCACUGGAACCGCUAGCGACAACAAAGCUAGCGGUGGUAAACCACUACACCAAACACCCAACAAUAGUAGUAGUAGUUUCGGCAAAACUCAUAGCCGACACUCGUCCGAUUCGAUGAUGACCACAACAUUCAAGCCGAUAGUAGUACCGCCAGUCGAUCAACAACAACAACAACAACAAAAUCAUUGGCGUAACUAUUCUAUAGAUAUAUCCAACAAUCAUAACAAUAGUAUUGGUGGUGAUGGAGGUGGCGGUGGCGGCGGAGGACAGACUAUUGCUAAUAUCAAAACCACUCCUCAAUCGGUUUCGGUAUUUGUUUCCGAUAACAAAUCAAUCGGCACUCCUCCGACUGGUGGUACACAUCAUCAUCAACUAUAUUCAUCAUCCAAUGCUCAUAACAAUAAUAAUAAUAAUAAUUAUAUGAAUAAUAAUAAUAAAUCUAAAGCUCAUCCGUUACACAACCGACAAGACAUUAGUCAUAACAAUAGGAUAACUAAUGGACAGUCUAUAGAAAGUUUGCCAUCGAUUUCAUCCGAUGAAUGCGGUGGCGGUGUCAACACUUUUGGUGGCGGCGGUGGUGCCGCUCAUCAUUCAUCAGUUCCCGUUCCUCCACCGCGAAAGAAAACCGAUGGUCUUAGACAUAGACGUUGUAUAGCUCUCUACGAUUGCGACGCCGAACGAGAGGAUGAGCUGGCCUUCAGAGAGGGCGAAGUGAUUGUCGUCGUCAACGACAUUACCGACGACGACGACUGGAUGGAAGGUAUGAUCGAAUCGGAACCGAACCGUCGCGGAGUAUUUCCAGUUAUUUUUGUUGAUUUUAUUGAUAAUUAGACACAAAAAAAAACAAAACGGAAAAAAAUCUGAUUAUAAGUUAAUAUUUUGCUCCCAUUUCUAUGCAAUAAUUUUUUUGUUGCAAUUAAUAUAAAAAACAAAAUACAGUACUUCUA